UAGCCCGGAGGCGUUCCCUGGCCCAAGGAGUCCUCCGUCCCGCCGCGAGGCUGCAGCGGGACCACAGCAGAGGCGCAGGUCUGGGGAGGCCCCGCCGCCCGCGCCGAGAUGUGGAAUCCCCUUCACGAAGCCGACUCGAGCUUUGCGGCUUGGCGCCGCCCGCGCUGGCUGUGCGUCGGGGCGCUGGCGCUGGCCGCCGGCCUCUUGAUCGUCGGCUUCCUCUUCGGGUGGUUUAUAAAAUCCUCCAGCGAACCUACUAAGAUUGUUCCACAGCCUAAUGUGAAGAAGGCAUUUUUGGAUGAAUUGAAAGCUGAGAACAUCAAGAGGUUCUUAUAUAAUUUUACACGGAUGCCACAUUUAGCAGGAACAGAACAAAACUUUCAGCUUGCAAAGCAAAUUCAAUCCCAGUGGAAAGAAUUUGGCCUGGAUUCUGUUGAGUUAGCCCAUUAUGAUGUCCUGUUGUCCUAUCCAAAUAAGACUCAUCCCAACUACGUCUCAAUAAUUGAUGAAGACGGAAAUGAGAUUUUUAACACAUCAUUAUUUGAACCACCUCCUCCAGGAUAUGAAAAUGUUUCGGACGUUGUGCCACCUUUUAAUGCCUUCUCCCCGCAGGGAAUGCCAGAGGGUGAUCUAGUGUAUGUUAACUAUGGCCGGAUUGAAGACUUCUUUAAACUAGAGAGGGACAUGAAAAUCAAUUGCUCUGGGAAGAUUGUGAUUGCCAGAUAUGGGAAAAUUUUCAGAGGAAAUAAGGUUAAAAAUGCCCAGCUGGCAGGGGCCAAAGGAGUCAUUCUGUACUCAGAUCCUGCUGAUUACUUUGCUCCUGGGGUGAAGUCCUAUCCAGAUGGUUGGAAUCUACCUGGUGGCGGUGUCCAGCGUGGAAAUAUCUUAAAUCUUAAUGGAGCAGGGGACCCUCUCACACCUGGUUACCCAGCAAAUGAAUAUGCUUACAGACGUGGAAUCACCGAGGCUGUUGGUCUUCCAAGUAUUCCCGUUCAUCCAGUUGGAUACUAUGAUGCACAGAAGUUCCUGGAGAAAAUGGGUGGAUCAGCACCGCCAGACAGCAGCUGGAAAGGAAGUCUCCAAGUGCCCUACAAUGUUGGCCCUGGCUUUAUUGGAAACUUUUCUUCGCAAAAAGUCAAGAUGCACAUCCAUUCUAACAAUAAAGUAACCAGAAUAUACAAUGUGAUCGGAACUCUCAGAGGAGCAGUGGAACCAGACAGAUAUGUCAUUCUUGGAGGUCACCGUGACUCAUGGGUGUUUGGAGGCAUCGACCCUCAGAGUGGAGCAGCUGUUGUUCAUGAAAUUGUGAGGAGUUUUGGGACACUGAAAAAAGAAGGAUGGAGACCUAGAAGAACAAUUUUGUUUGCAAGCUGGGAUGCAGAAGAAUUUGGUCUUCUUGGCUCUACUGAGUGGGCAGAGGAGAAUUCCAGACUCCUUCAAGAGCGUGGUGUGGCCUAUAUUAAUGCUGAUUCUUCUAUAGAAGGAAACUAUACUCUACGAGUUGAUUGCUCCCCACUGAUGUACAGCUUGGUAUACAGCCUAACAAAGGAGCUCCAAAGCCCUGAUGAAGGCUUUGAAGGCAAAUCUCUUUAUGAGAGCUGGAAUGAAAAAAGUCCUUCCCCUGAGUUCAGUGGCAAGCCCAGGAUUAGCAAGUUGGGAUCUGGUAAUGAUUUUGAGGUGUUCUUCCAAAGACUUGGAAUUGCUUCAGGCAGAGCACGGUACACUAAAAACUGGGCAACAAACAAAUUCAGGAGCUAUCCGCUGUAUCACAGUGUCUAUGAAACUUAUGAACUGGUGGAGAAGUUCUAUGAUCCAACUUUUAAGUAUCACCUCACUGUGGCCCAGGUUCGAGGAGGGAUGGUGUUUGAACUGGCUGAUUCCACAGUGCUCCCAUUUGACGGUCGAGAUUAUGCUACAGUUUUAAGAAAGUAUGCUGACAAAAUCUACAAUAUUUCAAUGAAACAUCCUCAAGAAAUGAAAAUGUACAGUGUGUCAUUUGGGCCUGUUUCUAUUUCAGAUUCACUUUUUUCUGCUGUGAAGAAUUUUACAGAAAUUGCUUCUAAGUUCAGUGAGAGACUCCAAGGCUUGGACAAAAACAACCCAAUAUUAUUGAGAAUUAUGAAUGAUCAAUUGAUGUUUUUGGAACGAGCAUUUAUUGAUCCUUUAGGAUUACCAGACAGGCCUUUCUAUAGGCAUGUCAUCUACGCUCCAAGCAGCCACAACAAGUAUGCGGGGGAGUCGUUUCCAGGAAUUUAUGAUGCUCUGUUUGACAUCGAAAACAAAGAUGAUCCUUCCAAGGCCUGGGGAGAAGUGAAGAGACAGAUUGCUAUUGCAGCCUUUACAGUGCGGGCUGCAGCAGGGACCCUGAGAGAAGUAGCCUAGGUGGUUCUUCAGAGAACCCGUGUUGAAUAGGUAGGUAUAUCACUAUGGUGUAUUGAUAAACUAAAACAUAAAACUAUGUAUAUGUAUAUGUAUAUAGACAUGCACACACACACACAUCUUAGCAUUCUUUCUUCUUCUCCCUUCGAAUCAAAAAAGAAAGA